AUGUCGCGGCACAAAAGCUUGUCAAGAAUGUCGAACUAUGAAAGUCCGAUGCUCUGGAGAUACACCGCGAUGUACAAAUUGUCAGCGGAGGAAGAAGCCUUGGCUGGUUCUACAACAACCGAGGCUUCUUCGUCCCGGGAUGACUCUUCGUCAAAAUCAGCUUCUCGAGAAACCACUUCACCUGAAAUCCGACGCUCAAGCAUCGCCUCUAGCUCGACAGCGAACGAGACCAAUGUAACUGUUGUUGAAGGCGUAAAUUCGUUGCCAGACGAACUAGUUGUCCCAUUGGUCAAUCAAUAUUUCGACCAGAUGUACCCUCUCCCUUCUUUCAGCUUCCUGCACCAAGCCACUGUCACUCAAAGAUGCCGCGACAGAACUAUUGACCGAGCACUUCAGCUGGCAUUAUGUGCCAUUACAUCCAUCUACUUUGACAAGCAUCAUGAGAAGCAUGCCAAUUGGGCACAGGAAGCCGAGCGUCUUAUCCUCGAACGCCUCGAAGAACCCUCUAUUUUCAAGAUCCAAGCAUCACUUCUUCUUAUACGCUACCGAGCCGCAGUUGGACAGUUCCCAAGAGCUUUCAUCAUGGCUGGCCUGGCAGCUAGAUGGACUGCAGCACUACGCCUUAACUACGAACAUUCCAAAUUGACCCCUGUCGCACAGGAAGUACGAAGACGGACGUUUUGGUCCCUGUACUUAUUGGAAGAUAGUUUUUGUGUGGGUUUGAAGGAGUUUGAGCUAUUCGAUCCUGAUACCAUAUAUCUUCAAUUGCCAUGUGAAGAUAUUGACUUCCUUCGAGAGCGAUACAUUAGCACAGGCUACCUGCAACCAGGCAAGGGAUUCGAGCCAGAUGUGUUAGGCCCUCGCGCUGCAUUUGUACGGUUAGCAUUCAUACGAAGAGCUAUCAUGAGACUCAGUCGAAGAAUAUCUAUGAAGGAAGCCAACCUCUCAGAUCUCUUUUCGUCAAUGGAACGAUUCCAAACCGAUCUUCUUCGCCUAAAAACAAAGCUUUCUCCUUAUGAUCAAUACUUGGACUCGGAUCCCAGAGGGGCUCGCCGGUCACCUCAAUGUGCUGUCAUGCACAUGAGCUGGCAUCAAAGUCACUGUAACCUUUAUCGGAUAUUCCUCACAGAAUACCCAGAGCCUACCCCUCAUGCUACGGUUGAAGGCAUUUCCGCAUCCGAAAGGGCGCUUAUGAAGGGUAAAUGUCUAUCGCAUGCCGAGCAAAUCGUCCAACUUCUUUCGGACUUUGUCCAACACAACAACGACACGGAUCUGCUUGACUUUGACGCAGCUAUCUGUGCCUAUCAUUCCGCCAGGUUGAUAUUGUUCGGGGCUUAUACUAGUAAGGACAACAAAGGGCCGUCAAUGCAGAUGGCUAUUAGUAAGGCCCAAUUAUGCUUGGAUGUUAUCACACGCUACUUUCGCUUCUCGGAACAGCUGAGGUCCAUGCGACAAGAACUUGAGCGAGUUGUACAGCAACAUAAAACAUGGGUUGAGUCUUUGGAUAAUCGCGCUAUUGCAGCAACUGAGACUGCCCACAAGUCACCACCCAAACUUUCCAAAGACGCAUAUAUACGCCAGCGCCUCGCCAUACACAGUUUACUGGGACAAUCUGAUUUUGUCGAUGACAGUCGUGAUGCGGCCCCUGCGCCUCCACCUGAACAAGCUUUGAGCUCGAGUGAAUCUCCAGAAGAUAGUGAAACCGCACCUGAGCCGCCGAUGGAUGGUAAUGGAAGAGAAUUGUAUCUCCUUAAUGAUCCUAUCAUGGAUCCAAACAUUCUCUUUGGUAUUUCAUAUGGUGCUGGAUCGGACAUGAGCACGUGGGCUCAUAAUGCAGCCAUAAUGCAGGAUAUAAAUGGAUAUUUGGCGGAUGUCGACGAACAGUAUAUGUACUAA